UAUGGGAAUAAUGUUUGUCCCUCUAAAAGGAUUUCUGUUUAGUUAUUAAGUCGCAAGUGAGCUUAAAUUGUUUUGCGUUUUGUAUGAGAAUGUUUCUAUUAACGUCAGUAGUGGUGGCUUUGUCCCUAGGAUGUAAUUUUGUUUGCCCAUUGUAAGCUUUUAAAGCGACAUUCGGCGGUUUAAAAUAUCCAAACAGCAGUUUUAUUGUGUUUACCAGGGAAAUGUCGAUAUCAGGAUCUUGAACAUACAUCUCUGAUGGAUGAUAUACAAUCAUGGUGGGAAGUACCAAGUAUUGCCCACUUUUGCUCCCUCUUCCGAGUUGCAUUUAACCUUUUGGAUUUUGAUAUUGAGGAGUUGGAGGAGGCUUUACUCACUGAUGGAGCUGAAGACACUGGAAGUUCCCUACUCCAAGAGCUAAUUGUCCGAUUACUGUGUGGCUGUCUCGGCAACAAUGGAAUUUCCACGUUCAAUUACCAGAUGUUCUUGCGGCGACUUUUCCGACAGAAAUGUCGAGAAUAUGGAAAAGAAAACCCUUUCAAUUCGGACAUCGACUUCCAGUUCCUGCCUUUACGCACGAAGGUGGAAAUCUUGCAUGCCCUUUGUGAUUUUCGACUCGAUGCGGACGAUGUCAUGGAUGUUCUCAAGAACCUGGACUCGGAUAGCUUACGAGUACACCCUCUUGGAUAUGAUGAGAACAGAUCUGCGUACUGGUAUUUCUAUGGCACUCGUCUCUACAGAGAAGACUACCCACAUAGAGCAAAAAAGAAGAAGAAGAAGGCUCGUGAGAAGAAGCACGGCCGAAAGUCGCGUAGCGAGAGCGAGUCGGAGCCGGAUAUGGGGUGUGGAGAGUGGCAAGUGGUGUGUUACACAGAGAGUGACUGGGAGCGACUCGCUUACAAGAUGGAGGACUCCCAGUGUAGAGAGGAGCGAGCGUUACACUCUGUGCUAGCCGAAGACUUCCUGCCAGAAAUACCGAGACUGUUCGAAGAAAAGGAACGGCUGCAAAAGAAAAGGUUAAUGGAGAUGCAACCAAGAAGACAAUCCUCUCGAAUAGAAAAAUUAAAACACCAAAAAGAAGAAGAAAAACGAGCUCAAGAAUCAUCAGCAGACAAAAUUGAUCCAAAAGAAAAUGAAAUCAAAGAAAGAGAAAGAAGAGAUAGGGACGCCAGACGGGCGAGAGAGCACCGCGCGAUGUUGCGGUCGCGUUCACACACGAACUCUGAGUGCAGCUCUAGCAGUCAGACAGACAACGCUAGUAAACCCCGCGGCCGUCAGACCAACAACUCUCUCGCCUCUGCCACAGGCCAGAUCAUCAUACAACCUUCCCGGCAGAAACUCCGUACAUCCCAAGUGUUCCGACAAAGUGUGGAGGAUCUGCAGACGGGACUGUACAAGAUCCUGGAUCGGCUGAAGAACCACGAGGACGCUUGGCCAUUCCUGGACCCUGUGGAGGAGGAGUACGCCCCUCGUUACUACUCAGUCAUCGCCAAGCCUAUGGAUUUGCAGAGGAUGGAGGAUAAACUGGACGCUGGCGAGUACAGUACGUUCGGCGAGUUCAAGGCUGACUUCCAACUGAUUGUGGAUAACUGCCGGCAGUACAACGGGAGCGAGAACGAGUACACAGAAAUGGUUGGGAAACUGCUAGAAGCAUUUGAUGCUGCAGUUGAUCGAUAUUUAGAAACUGAAAUUUCUACUGACGAAGAAGUUGCAGUUGAAUUUCCCGGUGAACAAAAGGGCAGAAGAAGGAAAUCUUCACAGGCUUCUAAACAUUCUCCCCCACCAAGUCACAGGAGUGAAGAGAGUGACAACGAACUGCCAGAGGAGGUUCCGGUCAAAGAGGAGUCAGAGGUGGAGGCAGAAGAAGAAGAGGAGGAAGCAAGUCAAAAAGACUCAGAGAGUCAGAGCAGUCGUAGCCAGAGUCGAAGCAAGGCGACCAAGAAGACACAGGAGACCAAGAGACCUGGGAAGAAACCAACGGGGAUCAAGAACGUCACAGACAUCGAGGCACUUGAGUUGGCCACCGAACAAACGUUAAAGGACAUCAACAAGUGGCUAGAUGACACUCCCAGAUUCUCAGAGUUCUCAUCUGCCAGUAACUCACCCUCUCAACUGCCAAUGGUGGAUGAUUGUGAUGGGGUCGGCAGCCGCAUAGAGCACGACUACCGGGCCAGGCUCAAGAUACGAGCAAAAGAGAAACUGGACUUUACGAGAAGAAGAUUUUUCAAGGAUCACGGUUCCUUGAAAAGAAGACGUGAAGUACAAAGAACAAUAGACAGACUUCAACCGGGGAAAAGCAAAGGCAAUUUGUUGUCUAAUCCCAGUGCAAGUAAGAAUGAAGAAACUUCCAUCUCUGGAAACCAAACAGGUAUGAAGGUAAAGGAUCAAAAUGUUGAAACUCUAGAAAAGGAAGAACAGAUAACACCUAAGCUGAGUUUAGGGACAGUUUUAAAUAGUGAUGUUAUCGGAUUUGGAAAACACAGUUUUGAAAAUUCCGAUACUGAGGUUAUGAAAAAGGAUGAGGAUUCUCAAGACGAUUCUGGGGAUGAAAAACCUUUAGUUCUUGAAGAGGAUGAUAAAAACUCUCCAGAAGCGGAAGAAAACCUUCCUGAAGAUGGGUUGUCAACCAAAAAGUUGAAAGAAGAUGCUUCUCCUACUUCCAACAGCUUUGAAAAGAAAACAGCUCCUGUGCCAACUUCAACCAAGGCUGAGAAAUCCUCCACACCAAAUCUGAGUGCAUGGUUUAAAGCGUUUGGGCUGCCAAAAUCACAACCACCUACCAAAAAGAAGUCUGAUAUUAAUGAUGAAAGUAAAGAAAAGCUGGAUCAGUUCAAGGCUACUCCUAAAGACACUGAAGAGGUUAUAUCUGUGGAUGAUGAUAAAGAUAAGAAAAUUACUGUAGCUCCGCCUCUGGUGUCACCUGCUAGAAGACAAAGAAAGGCUAGUACAGGAAGCAGUGUUUCAGAGAGGUCAUCUUUCAGUCAAGACCCUACAGACCCAAUGAUUGAUGGAUCUUCGCCACGGCCGAGCUUAGACGAGCAUUACCUAUCUCCGCAAGCAGACCCGAACAAAACACCUUACCAUCACUCCCCCCUUAAUGGAACCAUAAGAGUUGGUUUUUAUCAAGACACAUCAUUUCCCCGGGGAAGCUCUGAUAAAAGCAGUAGUCCCCGAGAACCUCCCACACCCAAUUGCAGUCCCAGAGAGCCACCCAGCUGUUCACCCAGGGAUAUCCCGAGUUGUAGCCCAAGAACACCAAUGGCAAGUCCCAAGUCAGACUAUCCCUUAUACAGUGGCAGCUCCCUGCCCUACCAGUCACCUUCAGUCAACACUUAUGAUGCACCUAUGUCACCUUAUCCAGCUCACAUGUCAUAUUACGACACUAAUAAACCUUUGACGGAUCAGUACAGGUCAACACCGAUUGCAACUGAAAAGUCUGUAUCAUCAACGUAUCCUGUUAAAAAGAGGAUAAUAAACGAGGUAGAACAAAGUGCUCGCUCUAGUCCUGAGAUAUCUUAUAGAGGUGGGUCUUUCACACCCACUAGAAAUGCUAUUGAGAACGACAGGAGUUUCACUCCCACACCUGGUCGAAUACCCACUCAACCUAAUACAAGACCGGCCUAUGCAUCAGAAACUGCUUUAGCUCUAGGAUUGCAUGGAAUAUCACCACAUCUCAUGGACCCUUAUGCAGAAGAAAGGUUACUUUCCGCUUCAUACUACAGUAAUGAUGGCCUUUAUGGGAAGAACCCUCCCUCAACAACAUCGAUACAUCCCAUGUAUCCAACUUCAAGCAGUGUAAUGAGUAAUGUUAGUUAUCCUAGAGAUGAUAGAGGCUAUUCUCGAAUUCCUCCUAAUUUUUCUGAAACAAGACCUAUCAAAGUCAGUGAUAGUCAGUCAUCGUAUUCUAACUCUUUACCAGUCUCAAAGACCUCAACUCCUGUGAUAAAUUAUUCGGGGCGAAGUACAGAUUUGUCUUGUAAUGCACCUAGGUCAUCUUCACCUUUGAAUUAUUCCAGUCAUCCUACUGCUGCCAAAACAAAUACACCACCAAACCUCAGUUAUGUCAGUAGAUCACAAGAUUCAAACAAACUAACCGAAAGCCCCUUGGAUUUUGCCAAGGUAUCUCAAAAUGAGCCGAUUAAAAACAAAGAAAGUUCCCACAUUACUUAUCCUACAAGUCGAGAAUCUUUACCUCCUAAAGUGAGUUCACCUUACAGUAGGGCAGUUUCAGACUUAUCCGCGCCCGGUUUGAGCUACAAUCACUCUCCGGACCUAGUCAGUGGGAAACUUAGUGUUCCGCCUUCACCGCUGAGCUACCCUUCUCAACAAGACUUGCUCGCAGGCAAGGUGAAUUACAGUCAUCCGAUGUCCGAUCUCGCAAGGUUUGGCUACCCUCACAGUGUCAGCUACAACCACCCGAUGUCGGAUCUCAUCCAAGCCAAAGCUACCUCAGGGACGUACCCUGGCAGACCAGUGGAUCUGAUGACUGCUGGGUACAACAGGCCUCUGGAAGUCGCCUAUCAACAGGUGUCCAGGGCCAGCACUACACCUAAGCCGUCAGAGCCAGCAGCCAAACCCGCUGUGAAGAAACCGAGCAAGAAGAGAAAGAGCAGCGACACCUCCACACCCUCUGGUAUCCCGGCAGGAUUUCAGCAGUAUUUGGGACAGUCCUCGUCCGAAGCAAUAUCUUUAAAAACAUCUAGUGUUGUACCAGGAAGUGCCUUUAAUUUUGGCCCAGCGCCACUCAAAGACAGUUACACUUCGUACCUGGAAGAAAUGCGGUCCAGUAAUUUCUUCGCACCUCAUCCGGACAUGAGUGCAAACACUAAAAGUUCUUCCCCUAGUCCACAUCCACCUGCUUCACCCUUCCCCUACCUGAGUCAUGCUCCGUCUCGGCCUCUGUCCUACCCGCAUCCCUUUAUGAACUAUCCGCAGAUGCUGCAGAAGGAGGAGUUACUGAGGCCGAUGGUCCUGCACCAGGGUCUACUCCCCCCCACUGGAUACCCCCCUCCAGGAGGGUACCUUGGGAUGCACGACCCCAUGAACAGAUCCUCUUGGUUAUGAAGGUAUUUCACAAUAAGUUGUGACCUAUUUUAUUGGCUUUAGAUUUAUGAAUAUUGAUCUUAACUUCUUAAAAACAUUCUUUACCACUGAAAGCAGUAAAACCUCAUUACAAGCUUUAAAAUUCUCAAAAAAGAUUUUUUGUUUAGCUCUUGACUUGUAAGCUGGCACUUGACCGAUCCCUACUAGCCUCUAGCUCAAAAACAUUAUGUGCCAUCGUGAGGGUUGCGUAAACUGUCCUCACAACCCUCGUGAAGGUGCUCAAGUACAUGAAACACGAGGAGUCAACUUGUUGAGUCAGCGGAAAUGUUUGCAGUCCGGUCUUUUCCUCACUACCACCCACCCCUACUACACGCCUGUGCUAGGCCCAAGUGCCAGCUUACGUGUCACGAGCUAUACACAAAAGGUGUUACAGCUCUACCCAUGUGAAAGUGACAUGCUUUCUAAAUAAAAAAAAGACUUGUUGCACACAAAUGGUGUUGUGUUAAACUUAUAUUAUGAAAUACAAUUAUUUAAUUAUUCAAUUAUUUCAUACAAAAUGUAUGUAUGUUAAUUAUAACAAAAUGUAUCUUGAAAAAUGUAUCUGUGUAAAAAGAAAUUAUUAGUCUUCCUACCAUAUAUUUUUCUUUUGUACCUAGUUGAAAGCGCAAUGUUACAUUUGUCUUUUGACUUACCUUCCAAAUUACUUUUAAUACUACUCAUAAAAUUCAAACAUUUUCCAAAAGUCUCAAAUCACACAUUGUGGUUACAUAUUUUGUCCAAUCAUUAAGAAUCUUCUAUUGGAAAUUAAAGUUAUCAGAAAUCAGGUUUUACUGCAUAAAAUCCUUCUGGUUAGCACAUGUCUUUCUCAUAAAAGUGUACAAUUAAUGUAUUUCCAUUUUAAUAAAUAAUUAUUUGUUGAAAGCUAAGGUAAUAUAAGUAAUACAUAUCUGAAAUGUCUGGGUUUUGUAAGGUUAGUUAAUGAUAUAACUUAAAUUGUAUCCCAUACGAUCAAAGUUUGUGUGACAGAAAAAAUUGCAAUACGUUUUUAAGGUAAUAGAUUUUGUAUGAACAAUUGAAGGCUAAGUAGUAAUUUUGUUUACUUGAACCAAUUUAUUGCAUGAAAUCAACUUCAACGUUUUCUUCUCAUUCUUUCUUACAAUUUAAUAAAAUAGCCGAGCCUUUAAAAUUAAUUUUUUCAUUGGCCCAGUUUGUUUCAUAUUUUGUAUUUUGAUGAGCUAUAAAACAAACAAACAAACUUAACAAAAGCACAUCAACUUCAGGGUUUAGAAUAUAAAGUUAACAAAUCCGUGUGUAUAUGUAUUUAAAAAUACAUAGCUUUAAUAUUAAAAGUUAACGAUUUAGUGAUGAUCCUAAGCAGCUGUUUGUAACAAAUGUAAAUAAUAAUGCUCUCUAUAAUUGUUAGAAUUCUGUACAUAUUAAUAGUUUGCUGCAUUUAGGAUUUAUGUACUUAUCGUACGCAUUCAUCUCAUCAUUCAAUACUCGAAACAGCCUAUGAUCCAAUGAUUGUAUUAGUCCAUACAUUCACAUAUUCACUUUACCAAAGACACUGAUUACUGGACCAACUACCGAUGUGUAUAUAGUCGAUGAAAAACUGUUUAAUGUUUUGUACAUCCUAAAUGAGUAUACUUAAUUUUUUGUUUGUACAUGAAAAUUUUCAUAUUUGUGUAAACUCGAUUUAAAUAAGAUGUACAGUUGUUUUAUAUAGUAAGUAGUUAAGCGAUAGAGAUUUUGUUUGUAGUUGUGCAUUCUAUUUUUGUUAUUAACUGAAAAGUUAAUAUCCAGUUUUAUGAAAUAUUAUUUGUUUAUUGUUAAUUUUGUAUGUUUUCUCUGUCACUGGUAGACCGACAACAAACUUCAACAAGUUUUAUUGUUGGAUUCGUCAUUUAAAUCUGUAUCGCUCAUUAAUUUUGUAUUGUUGCAUCUUUGGAAACCUCUUAAAAAUAUUAAUUAGUUAUAAAAAAUGUUACAUUAUAUCCUCAAAUAAAAGUUGUUUAAAAUGCUCUAUUUCAAUAAUAAGAAAAAGAAAAACCACAGUAACUUGUAAAAAUUGAAAUGCUGUAAGUUCAAUCAGUUAUCUAUGUCAUAAACUUCAUUUCUUAAUUACAUUGUCAAAUAUAAACUGAACAAAUUGUUAUUUAUAUAUCAACAUUAUAAUAACAUAUUACCUCACUGAAACUAAUGUUAUUUAUUUUUGCUGUACAGUGAGUAUCCAAGUUUGCUGCUACCAGGGAUACAAAGAUUCUUGUUUUUGUUAAAUAGUAACGGCCUUCCAUAAAGUGAUGAAAUAUGUAAGAAUUAAUCAAAUUAUUCCUAAAAAAGCAAUAUUUACCCAUAGUUAUUCCCACUGAGGAGAAUGUUAGAGAAGCAUCAUUAUUUUUUUUUAUAUUUUGAUAACCAAUAUGCUUAACACAUUAAUUUAAUAUUGCAUACACUUUUUGUUUAGUGGCAAGCCUUUUAACAACCUUCACAUACACACUCAAUGAUCUUCCUUAAACAACAACUUAGACUUUUACUAUACUACAGCAUGUGGUUUUUUAACUAUGUGGUUUCUCACUAUAUAGAGUGUAGAUUAAGUUUCAUGUCAUUCCUAUGUGUUCCAUAGUCAUACACUAUUUUCUGUGACAGUUAUCAAUUAGCUAUUCAGGCAUCUGGAUCACUUUUUUUAGCAAUAACUUAAUGUUCGAUUCUCUUUGUAUUUGUAAAAACAAUAGGCGCACCAACAGCUUAACCUCACUGGUAGGCUGAUAUGUGAGUGUGUGUGUGAAUGUUGUGUAAUCCUCUAAGGCUUGCCAGUAAACAGACAAGAAUAUAAUUCCUUUCUCUUUUUAAGCUAAAUUAGGCGUUGGAUAUAACCAAACAAAAUUAUUUUCCCGGGUUCAGUUAAAACAAAAUCUCUUAAAAACAUUGCUAAAAUAUUUUCUAAUUGGUAUUAAACCAUCAAAGUUACAUAAUUUUAUUAUGUUCAACACAUUUUUCUUAUGUAAAGUAAUACUAAAUUUAAAAGUUAAAAUUUAGUAUUACAUUACAUUAAUUUGCCAAUAUCUCCAAUACAAGUUAUUAAAAUUGUUCUUAGAAAAUUUUACCAACCAUAAAAUAUAACAAUCUUUGCCGCAAGAUUGUGUAUACAAUUUGGUUUUAUUUAACCAGUACAUUUUUAGCUCAUUUCAAAAUAGUUUGACCCUUACCCUCAAGUAAUUAAUCUUCAUGGAUUUUCAAAUCUCACCAUCACCAAAAUAUCAAAAGUAGCCUAUUGUCUGUAUCACUAAAAUAAAAAGUAUAAUUCUCUGUACUUUGCGUGCAUACUCAACUCAUUCUGGAAUAUUGUAAAAUAUGUUUAGUUUUACGCAUCCGUUAUCAAAGUAAAACUUGAAUAAAAUACUUUUUUAACAAUACCUUAAAGUACCUAUUACCAGUGCAAUAUGACUUAUUACAAACAAUUUAUCCAGAUUUAUAUUAUGUUAAUGAAUUAAUAUUUAUUUUUAUAUUAGUUUAUUCUGAUUUAAUUGACUGUUUAUCGUAUCAAAAAUGUUUCAUUCAUUCAACAUAUUAGUCUGCUGUCGAACAACUUUUUUUACAUAAUUAAUGACAUUUAAUGUCAUUUGUUAAAUUUUCCAUGUUUAUUGUAGCUAAAUUGAUGCUCAGAAAUAAUUUCUUUAACCGUAAGAUCCACGUAAUACCUACCUCCUCCCGGACAUGAGUAAUAUUCUUUACUAAUGUUGUUUGUGCUAUGUUUUAUACAUUACUUUAUUGAUCUCAUUUAGUAUGUUUGGUUUUAGUAUGCAACUUGAUUUAGUUGCUUUAGAGCUCAGUUAAAUAGUAAGAAACAUGAUUUAAAUUUAUUAUUAAGUUUAAGUAUUUUUAUAAAUUGUGUUCUGUUUGACUACAACCACAUCCAACUAGUAUUUAAACAUUCUUAAUACCUUUAAGUUGGAAGUUAUUUCACAUUUGUUUCUUUCAAUUAAAAUAAGAUUUAACAUCAACCCUUUUUUUAUAACUUGCUUUGAAGCAUGUAGUAUAUAUAUUUUUUUAAAUUUUGACAUACAUGUUUAAGUACAUCUCAAAAUUGUCUGAAACUCCCCAACUUCUCAGGGCUUAGUUCCAAAGUUAGAAACGAUUUUUUAAAACAAUUCUUUUAAAUAUUAAGUAACUUUAUAUUUGAUUUUUUAUGAUAAAGGUAGACGUUUACAUUAAUUAAUGUGUACAAAGUGUAAUUUAUUGCACAUUUUACAAAUUACCUACUUAAAUUCUGUUACUUUCUUGAAGCUAGUUUUUGUUGUGUUAUGAAAUGCUUUUUAAUACGUAAAGGUUAUUUCCAGUUUUGUACAAGACUGUUAUCCCUA